GUCUUCAUUUACUACACCCGGCUGUUACAGGAAUCAUUAGAAACACAGGUUGAUUCCAAAAGAAAAAGGCGUAGGCAAACAUCGAUAUUAGUGAUUUUUACUGACCCCGGUAAGUUUUUUCCAUUCGUCAUCACCAUCAGUUCAUAAUUCGACUUGUUUAUAUGCAAGGUGUUAACGAUUUUAAGCGUAAAUACUCAAGAACGAAAUGGCAAGAGGAGAGGGCACAGAGCAGUUUUCCAAUGCAAGUCUUCUGCAGAAACCCAGCCCUGAUGGAAUCAAAUUAGCAGCAAAGCAUGAGGCGAAGGGCCGGUUGUCGGUCUGCAGUAAGUUGUGCUAUGCCAUUGGAGGAGCGCCAUAUCAGAUAACAGGAUGUGCAAUUGGCUUCUUCCUUCAGAUCUACCUGCUGGAUGUUGCUUUGUUGGAUCCAUUUUAUGCUUCCAUCAUUCUGUUUGUGGGUCGGGCAUGGGAUGCGAUCACAGACCCAACUGUGGGCUUUCUGGUCAGCCGGAGUCCCUGGACCCGAUUUGGACGAAUGAUGCCUUGGGUUGUGCUGUCUACCCCAUUUGCUGUGCUGUCUUAUUUCCUCAUCUGGUAUGUGCCCGAUUUUGACCAAGGCAAAGUUGUUUGGUACCUGAUCUUCUACUGUGCCUUCCAGACCUUGCAGACAUGUUUCCAUGUGCCAUACUCUGCCCUUACCAUGUUUAUCAGCUCUGAACAGAAGGAGAGGGAUUCAGCCACAGCCUACCGAAUGACUGUUGAGGUUUUGGGCACGCUCAUUGGCACUGCUGUACAAGGUCAGAUUGUGGGAAUGGCUAACGCUCCCUGUAUCCACACUGGGGAGGACCUCAACUCCACGGAUCUGCAGGUGGCUCCUGAGGUCAACAUAACUGAGCCUCAUGUUUCACUUGGGCAUCUGAGAAAUGCUUAUUUGAUUGCAUCUGGUGUCAUCUGCUCCAUUUACGUCCUCUGUGCCUUGGUCCUUUUCCUUGGUGUAAAGGAACAAAAAGAGACCUGCAGGAUAAGGUCCGAACCUAUGUCGUUUUUCCAGGGCAUUCGUAUGGUAAUGGGCCAUGGUCCAUAUGCCAAGCUGGUCAUGGGCUUCCUCUUCACCUCUCUGGCUUUCAUGUUCCUGGAGGGAAACUUUGCAUUGUUCUGCAGCUACACUCUGGGGUUCAGGAAUGACUUUCAAAACAUCCUGCUCGUCAUUAUGCUCUCUGCCACACUUGCUAUCCCAUUCUGGCAAUGGUUCCUUUCGAAGUUUGGCAAGAAGACAGCAGUGUACUUUGGAACAACCUCUGUGGUGCCUUUCUUGGUCUCAGUAGUCUUGGUGCCAAGCAGUCUUGCUGUGACCUAUAUUGUGUCCUUUGCUGCUGGAGUCAGUGUUGCAGCAGCCUUCCUCCUGCCCUGGUCCAUGCUUCCUGACGUGGUGGAUGAUUUUAAAGUACACAAUCCUGAUUCUCAGGGGCAUGAAGCCAUCUUUUACUCCUUCUAUGUGUUCUUCACCAAGUUUGCAUCUGGAGUCUCCUUGGGAAUCUCAACUCUUAGCCUUGAUUUUGCCGGCUAUGUGACACGAGGUUGCACGCAACCAGCAGAGGUUGAUUUAACUCUGAAGAUCCUGGUAUCUGCAGCUCCAGUUGUCUUGAUCAUCAUUGGGCUGCUAAUAUUCAUCACCUAUCCCAUCAAUGAGGAAAAGAGACAAGGCAACCGCAAGCUACUUAAUGAACAACGAGAAAACGAGGUUGACUCUGAAAUGGGCUCAACUGAGCUCAAAGUGGUUUAAUAGAACCAGAUGCUAGACAAAACAUUGUGCCACUUGCAUCGGACCAAAAGAGGCAAAAAAAACAAAAAGUUGAUCUGAGGUGGGUCAUGCCUGCCAUGAGAAGAAACUUUGGACAUUUUGGAAAGCUAUGUUUUGGUGUUGAAACCAAAAAUGCAUUUUAGUCAUUUUUAGAAGGAUACACUUUGGGAGGAAUAUCUUUGAAACUGUACAUUAUGUAUAAUAUUUAUAUGUAUCUAAUUUAAUAUUUAUACUUUUGUGCAUCUAACUGAAUUACUCAAGCAAACUUGACACUUAAGUGGGGUUUGAUUACAUCAAACAUCAGUUGUGCCCACAGAAAUUAGGUUUUUAUCUGAUUCUUUUGCAUUGCUUUUCUUUGAUCCCUAUGUCUUCAAAUGAUAUGCUUUAAAUCAUUGAAUCUAAUUCAGUCAAGUUCUGUACCCACUCGGUAGCUAAAGUGCAUCAUCUUGUGUAUCAAAUCUGCAGGUAGGAGGUAAAACUUUAGAGACUGUAGACAGUAUUCAUGGAAACUACCAGGACACCAUUAGAUCCUAUUGGGUGUUCAGGGGUUAAACCAUAUGAUCAAGAUUAUUUAAUUUAUUGCUUUUGUUUUAAAUCUUAUGUUGAUUUAAGUUUGUUUCUACCAUCUUCCUUAAUUUACAGUAUCUUGCUUAAGGGUCUCUGUAAAAUAUUAAAAGGGCAAAUACAAUGGAGAGUUGUCACUGCUGAAAAAUGACUUCUAGUAUGCAAAUUAUUCCCAUGGAAAAGCCAAUCAAUGUGUUUGCGAGUAACACUGCCAUUUGUUUUUUGCGUUCAUUUAAUAGUAUCUCUGGUCUGUUUUGUUUGGUGUCAGCGUCCUUUUGAUUGUCCAUAUUAUAGUCUUGAAAGUGCUUGUGCAAGACAUUUGUUUUAUUAUUGUAUAGUAAUAAUGUAAUGUCAGUUCCCUGUCUGCAACUUGUGUCAAUGAUUUGAAAACCAUGUGUUUCCUUGCCAAGUGUAUAUGCUGUAAUAUAUAUAUGUACUGUACGUAGACCAGUUAAAGGUACAUAUUUUUCAUUUUCUCUCUAGGAAAAUGUUAUUUGUAAAUAUUCAUUUGUGAAAGGUGUCAUAUGUUAUACAUAUUUACAUAGGCUGUGCAUUGAAAUCUCAUCGGUGCAUAUUUAAAUGGACUAAAAGAAGUUAGUACCAUUUUCUAACUGGUUUUAGUUUUGUAUUAGUAUUUCAUUAACACAGGUUUAGGUUGAUUUGAGUUUUCCUUAUUCUGAGAACACAAAAUACAUUUAUUAUAAUAAAUGUGCUGAUGUCUGUAAAUAUAUUUGUUAUUUUUUUAAUGGAAUCGUCCCAAAUGUGGACGUAUGUAGUUAUUGUAAUGUUACCGAAAGGUUUAUUAAUGAAUACUAAUAUAUGACAAUCACUUGCUUUUGUCUUCCAUGUUUACAUCACUUGAUGUGGAGCCUAAAAACCUAGUUACAAUUUAUACAUUUCUGCUGUAUAAUAUAAUAAAGUAUAAAAACAUUUAAAUAUAAUAUAGGCUAAUUUAUACACUACGGGAGCCCUGAACCGCACUGUGAAAAUAAACAAAUAAAAAAACAUAUAAUGUUUGAGAGGCUAUUUAUACGUGAGAUCCCACAAUUAAAUGAAUAUACCUCAGGUUACUAUGUUUCAUAUGGCAUUCAAUGUGAAGUGGGACAACGGGAGUUCUUUCGUUUUUUUUGAUGACAUUAACCACCGGGAAUAUCGAUGCUACUAUUGUAAAUAUAUACACAGGGUGGGAUGCUGCCCUAGGGCCUGGGGUGAGAGGGGGCCCGCAACAGUUGAAACAUGUAAACAUGCGCUAGAUAGACGUCUUUGACCGUUGCGACACCUCUCGCUUUUCAGUGCUGUGUUUAAAGGGAUAACUUGUGUUAGUUGCCAAAUCAAUGAACUCUUUGGAGCGACGCGUCAGCUUCAACCACGGCACCGUGUCGAGUUAAACGAAGAUGCAGAGCUGCUUGAGGAAAUGGUGCACUCUUCGUGUUCAAACAUCGUCUGGCUGUCUCAUUGUCCCUUGGCCUGUUAAAUGAGGGGAAGCGCUGAGAGCUUUGCGUCUCUUAAAUAUUGCAACGUAGGCAAUGCCUGUCCUUUUGUUGUGAUGUGUGUACAUCUGGUAAUGUUAAUCUUGU